AUGUCCGAGCAAAUCCUCACAGGAAAGACAUGCCUCGUCACCGGCGGCGGCGGCGGUCUAGGCAAAGCAAUCGCGACCCAGUUCCUGGAAGCCGGUGCGAACGUUGUCAUCUGUGAUGUUAACGACGAGCGCCUGCAGGCGACCUCGGCCGAAUUGUCGUCUAAGGGUCCCCUGAAAGCUAUCAAGACCGAUGUCACCAAGACCAACGAGGUCGAGAGCCUGUUUGAGACUUUAAUUGGCGAAUUCGGCAAGAUCGAUGUCCUCGUCAACAACGCCGGCAUCAUGGAUCACUUCGACCCGAUCGGCGAUGUGGACAUGGAGCUUUGGGAUCGUGUGAUCGCUAUCAACCUCACUGCGCCUGCGCUGUUGAGUAAAUUAGCUGUGCGCAAUAUGCUGGCGCAAGCGAAGCCCGAUGGCCGAAUUAUUAACAUCGUUUCUGUUGCUGGCAAGGCUGGGUGGGCUAGUGGUGCUGCAUACACAUCUAGCAAACAUGGUCUGGUCGGCUUGACUAAGAACACUGCUGCCUACUAUGGUAAUAUGGGAAUCAAGUGCAAUGCAUUGAUGAUGGGUGGUAUGGAGACCAAUAUCACUGAUGCUUUACGAUCUGGCGUGAAUGUCCACGGUAUGAAGAAGGUGAUGACUGUUCUGGAGGCUAUCCAGGCACCGCACGUUGAUGUGAAUGAGGUUGCUGGUUUCUGUGUGAACUUGACUUAUGGAAGGGGCGCUAGCCAGAUCAACGGCGCAACCAUCGCUAUUGAUAACGGUUGGACUUCGGUCGUCGGAUAA